AUGGAGGUGCCGCUUGUUGAUUUUGAGAACAUGGACGAUGUCGGCAUCCACCUGGGGGACCCGAAUGACUCGGGGUACCCGACGUCACCCCCGUCAGAGGUCCCCGAUGACGAUCUGCUCACCCACCGUCUGAGCUCUCCUCCCCAGACGCCGCACAGGGGACGACGUCGACAUCAUUCCGGUCAAGAAGGACUGUCGCCGUCCUCUCCUCCGACUCUGACCACCAAAGCGAUCUCCAGCAGCUGCAGCUUGAUCUCUAAUCUGAAGCUCCUGAUCAACAGCGAGUCUCCCACCGACGGCGUCUACGAGAACGAAGACUUGUUUGAAAAGCACGUAAUUGAGGAGAAAGACGAGAAAGUUGUCAUCAAUAUUUCAGGCCUGAUGUUUGAGACCCAGCUCAGUACCCUGAGAAAGUUUCCAGAGACGCUGCUGGGUGACUCCAUGAAGAGGACAAGCUACUUCGACCCGAUGAAAAACGAGUACUUCUUUGACAGGAACCGCCCGUCGUUUGAUGGUAUUCUGUACUACUAUCAGUCGGGGGGGAAAAUCCGCCGACCAGCCAACGUUCCGUUAGAUGUUUUUGCGAAUGAAAUGGUUUUCUAUGAGUUGGGCCAUGAGGCGAUGCAGCAGUUCCGCGAAGACGAAGGCUUCGUCCAAGAGCCGGAGGUUCUUCUGCCCACCAACGAACUGAAACGACAAUUCUGGCUCCUGUUUGAAUACCCAGAAAGCUCCAGUGCAGCCAAAUCUGUCGCUCUGGUUUCUGUUUUCGUCAUCGUCAUUUCCAUCGUCAUCUUCUGCCUCGAGACUCUGCCGGAGUUCAGGGAGGACACUGACUUUCCGCCGGGUUUUACACAACUCAUCAACGGUACCCUGGGCGGUUCUGUUCGUCGUCACUCCGCCACUAAAAGCGUGUUCGCGUAUCUAACAGACCCCUUUUUCAUCAUGGAGACUAUUUGCAUCAUUUGGUUCUGCUUUGAAGUGGGUGUCCGCUUCGUGGUGUGCCCCAGCAAAAGGGAUUUCUUCAAUAACAUCAUGAACACCAUUGACAUCGUCUCUAUAAUUCCCUAUUUUGUCACCCUUGGAACCGAGCUGGCUACGACCCCCGAUGAGGAUUUGAACACCAGCCAGAACAUGUCCCUGGCAAUCCUGAGAAUCAUCCGUCUGGUGAGAGUUUUCCGAAUUUUUAAGCUCUCCCGACACUCGAAAGGGCUUCAGAUCUUGGGACAGACCUUGAAAGCCAGCCUGAGGGAACUUGGGCUGCUCAUCUUCUUCCUUUUUAUCGGAGUCAUCCUAUUCUCAAGUGCCAUCUACUUUGCAGAAGUGGAUGAGCCCCACACGCAGUUUGUCAGCAUCCCUGACGGCUUCUGGUGGGCCGUGGUGACAAUGACCACCGUGGGAUACGGAGACAUGUGCCCCAUCACGAUCGGAGGCAAAAUGGUGGGCACCCUCUGUGCCAUCUCCGGGGUCCUGACCAUCGCCUUGCCCGUGCCCGUCAUCGUCUCCAACUUUAACUACUUCUACCACCGUGAGACUGAGCAGGAAGAGAAACUGGUGUUGGACACAGCGGCAGAGGCUGCCCUGAAAAUAUCCGCCGCAAACAAGUAUGGGAGCACGCCCUCUUUGAACAAAAGCAACGGCACGUGGCAGAAUGAGAAAAAUGGCACGCACUCAUAG